AUGCGUUUCACGCUGCUUUUCGCACUUCUUUUUGCUUUGCUAGUGCUAGUUUCUGCACAGGAUAAUGACGACGAUAAUAACAAUACCAGCGAUGAACCUUCCAGCACGUCCGCCAAUUCUUCGUCAGAAACAAACAGCAACAGCAGCUCAAGCAGCAGCACUGAAUCUUCCAAACCGACACAGUCAGUAUCUGAAGAAGCAUCCUCUGCAGCUGAACGCCCAGCUCCUUCCCCAGGUUCAGGAAGCAAGAACGCAGGACCAGACGAUAAUUAUAUAGCAGCAUCUACAGCUACAUCUAUGAACAUCGCUGGCGGUUUCGUGAUUCUCUCGGGUAUAACAUCAGCUGGAGUUUUACUUUUAUAA